GCUGCUGCUUUUCGUGUGGAAGUUUGUGUGUCGUGGCCAAGAGUGACGAACGUUUAUCCUUCUGUUUGUGCACAAUUUUAAGUAUAUUUCAAUUGUGAAUAUUGCUAAAGCAUUCCGUCACCAAUUCAACAUCAACCUUUGAAUUGGUCAUUGCGCUCUAGUGUUGUAAGCUGAUUGAAUCGACAAAUCUAUGACAACUUGUGCUGCAAGGAGAUAUCGCAAACAUCAUAGAAUCAUCGAACUAUGGCAACUCCAGAUUCAUCGCAACGCACUGAUGGUAAAAAGAAUAACGAGGCGAACGAUUCUCAAAAGGUCGAAAGUAAUCUAUCAGGGCUGAAGCAUGCACUCCAUGGAGCAUCCUUUCAAUUGAAGCUUGGAAUAGUUGUUUGCCUGGCGAAUGCCAAAAAGUCUUUGGACCCAGCCAACGACUUCAGUUUCGAGGUCGCGGCAGAGGAUCCUUCAGCCGGAAAAUUCGAUGACAUCGUGUAUACUUUCAAGGAUGGUGGAAAGGCAGGAAUACUAAAGAUACAAGUCAAACACAAGUUGGGAUCGCCUGCUCCCAAAAUUACGGUGAAGGAUUUCACUACCAAUAGCGAUACGAAGAAUCCGUUUGCUAUUCUGAAGUAUUUCACCUCAUUCUGUGAUCAACAACAAUCGACAAAUGAUCUGGAAGGGUUUGUCAUUUGCACCAACGCAGAUAUCAACGACCAGGCAAAGAACAUCUGGAAAAUAGUAGAACCAGCUAUCACGAAGGAUUCGGCGCCAUCUCUCGAUUCCUAUGUCUCAUCAUUAUUCGAUAGUAUUGGAGCUAAAUACUAUCAACUGAAAUACGAUAAACUAUGGGCUGCCGAUGGAACGUAUAGCAAUUUAUAUCAACUAUUGCGAAAAUGUUCUAAGCGAACUAGGCUAGCCAAGCUACUGGUCGAAGCUACCAAAUCCAACAAGAGGAUAACGUCCUACAAUUCCCUCUAUAAAGAGUAUCGUCAAGCCAUUUUGGAUGUAAUAGAUAGGAAGGAAACAUCGGCAAAUGACUCAUACGGGUUUACAAAAGAAUUUUUAGGUUUAUCCUCCUCGAACUCAAAGCCAGGGUAUGAAGCAUUUAGAAAAGAGUUUGAAGUUCAAUACCGACUAGAAUUCAACAUCGAUGGAUGUAACUACCUACAGAACAUUACACUCUCAACUACUCCCUACUCCGGAUCGCACGAACCAUUGCGGCGCACUGAAUGA